AUGGCAUCUCAAGGUGACAACGACAAGGACCCUUGGGACAAGGAGACCAAGCGAAAGUUCGAGAGUAAAUCCAAGAGCGAAUACUUCGAUCCCUGCCAAGAAGCCGCCGAGCGAAGCAUACGGUGUUUGAAGAGGAACGGAGGCGAUCGGGCCAUGUGUACAGACUACUUUGAGGCAUACCGUGAAUGCAAGAAAGAAUGGAUCAAUAGGCGUAAGAAGGAGGGCGGCUCUUGGUUCUAG